CGUGAUAGGCAGAAAAGAAUCCUGCGCUUCAGGACAGAUACCGAUGACCUACCUAAGCUGCCUUGCCUACAUACUGGAAGAAUGGACUGUUGUGGAGUACCUGAAGAAACACCUUUUUCAUGUGGUCAUCAUCUCGCUGACAAUAAGUGCAAUAUUAGUUUUUUUUAUUGUUCCUUUAACAAUCCUUUUUGUCAUUUACCUUACUAAUAUUUUGCUUUUAAUAUAUCAGAGGAACAGUGAGGUAAAAGCAGAUCCCUUGAGCGAAGUUUGGGAUAGUGCAAGGAAAACUAUAGCAAGCUUUUGGGAUCUAUAUGCAAGAAUAUGGCAUGGUUAUGAGCUUCAUGGUGUGGAAAACCUACCAGAAGGACCGGGCAUUCUUGUGUAUUACCAUGGAGCUAUUCCUGUAGACUACCUUUACUUUUUGUCUAGGCUGUUUCUCUGGAAGAAAAGACUUUGUCUGUCAGUAGCUGAUCAUUUUGUCUUUCGUUUACCAGGACUUAAAUUAUUACUGGAAGUGACAGGUGUUAUGCCAGGUACAAGGGAGGAGUGUCUCAUUGCACUGAAGAAUGGACACUUGGUGUCCAUCUCACCAGGUGGAGUUAGAGAAGCACUGUUCAGUGACGAAAGUUAUCAGCUCAUGUGGGGAAAUCGAAAAGGCUUUGCUCAGGUCGCUCUAGAUGCAAAAGUGCCAAUCAUUCCAAUGUAUACUCAAAAUGUCCGGGAAGGAUAUAGGAUGUUUAAAGAAAGAAGAUUUUUUAGACAGUUGUAUGAAAGUACUCGACUGCCAUUAACUCCUCCGUAUGGAGGACUUCCAGUUAAAUUUCGAACAUACAUUGGGGAGCCAAUCCCUUAUGAUCCGAAUAUAACUACGGAGGAAUUAGCUGAAAAAACAAAGACUGCCGUCCAGGCUCUCAUAAGCAAGCACCAAACAAUCCCAGGCAGCAUAUGGAAGGCUUUACUGGAGCGAUUUGAUAAACGUCGUAAAAGCGAUUAG